GUCACUUCCGUUGAAACGCUUCAAGAAUCAAAUCAAUAAACGUGAAUGCGGCCAUGCCGCGACAAAAAUCCCUCCUGAUCCCACUUCCCUUUCUCUCUCAAGCCCCCGUCUCAAAUCGAUGGGCUGGAUUCCAAUUGAGACAGCAAAUUCUUAGUGUCCGUUUCAUCAAAUCUAGUUUUGUUUGAGCUCUAGAAGCUCCGAGGCAGAGACUGAGAUGCGGGGGAGGAGCGGCGGCGGCGCUGGCGGCCGUUGCGAUCGGAGAGUGUCACCCCGAUGGAUGGUCAUUCUUUGCGUCUGCAGCUUCUCUUUAGGAAUGCUUCUCACUGACAAGUUUUGGGCAUUCCCAGAUGCAAACAACCCGGUCGUAUCGAGUAGCCGGCGGCAGGAACAGGAGCUCCAGAUCAUCUCUGAAGAUUGUACCACUAAAAGAAAGCAUGCGGAAGAUAAGGAUGUAAUGGGUGAAGUGAGCAGAACACAUGAGGCCAUCCAAUCUUUGGAUAAGGCAAUAUCCACGCUGCAGAUGGAGUUGGCUGCAAAGAGGAGCUCGAGGGGGUUGAUCGGCAGGGAUGGUCCGCCAUCAACAGAAGCUUUGACUGAGAAGAGGAAGAAGGCUUUCGUGGUGGUUGGAAUAAAUACAGCAUUUAGCAGCAGGAAGAGAAGGGACUCGGUCAGAGCCACAUGGAUGCCGCAAGGUGGAAAGCUCCAACUGCUAGAACAAGAAAAAGGAAUUGUCGUUCGGUUUACGAUUGGCCAUAGUGCUACAUCUCACAGUAUUCUGGAUAAAGCUAUCGAUUCAGAAGAAGCUCAGCACAAUGACUUUCUCAGACUGGAACAUGUUGAAGGUUACCAUGAACUGUCUGCCAAAACAAAAAUAUUCUUUUCCACUGCUGUUGCUAUAUGGGAUGCUGAUUUCUAUGUCAAGGUUGAUGAUGAUGUCCAUGUGAAUCUAGGUAUGCUGGCUACAACCCUUGCUCGACAUAGAUCAAAACCAAGAACCUACAUAGGGUGUAUGAAGUCUGGGCCAGUGCUUUCUGAUAGAAAUGUGAAGUACCAUGAACCUGAAUACUGGAAAUUCGGAGAAGAUGGAAACAAGUACUUUCGGCAUGCUACUGGGCAGAUUUAUGCUAUAUCAAAAGAUCUGGCCACAUACAUAUCAAUUAACCAACCGAUACUGCACAAGUAUGCCAAUGAAGAUGUAUCACUGGGUUCAUGGUUCAUUGGGCUGGAAGUUGAAUACAUCGAUGAGAGGAAUAUGUGCUGUGGAACUCCACCGGACUGCGAGUGGAAAGCACAGGCAGGAAAUGUUUGCAUUGCAUCAUUUGACUGGAGUUGUAGUGGCAUAUGCAAAUCUGCGGAGAAGAUAAAGGGUGUCCAUCAAAGGUGUGGUGAAGAAGAUGGUGCUGUGUGGAGUGCUUUAUUCUAACUGGAUUUUGAUGUUUAUUUGGCCAUUUUUUUACAUCGAAGAACCUGAGAAAGGCAGCAGCUAGCACAAAAAGAGACGAAACUCUGGCCAUCAAGGAGAAGUUUAAGUUUCCUGGAAAAACGAUACUAUGGAUUGUUCUUGCUCUCUGCCUCGAAGUAUACUGAUGAUUCAAGUGAAUUUUUGGAGUGUUCUUCAUCAAAAUAUGCUUGUAAAGUGAGAUCUGAAAUUUUCCAUGAUUUACGAGUGAAGGUAGUGCUAGGUGGAGGGAUGUUGUUAAUUGCUAAUGAGUAAUUGAGUAUAGAGGUGAGCUGUAGCUCUGAUAUGUAUUUAAAGUGAUUUUUUUUGUCAUUUUGGUUAUUGGUAAUUAAUUUUUCUACU